AUAAAUAGGGGUCAAGCUGCAUGAUUAAAAGACAUCAAUUCUAGUGAAGAAGAUAACAGCUACAUUAAAAACCAAUAUAAAUUUGUUCUUUGCUUUUGUUUCUGAAAAUAUGUCUAGCUGUGGUUGUGGAAGCAGUUGCAACUGUGGUGAUAGCUGCAAAUGCAACAAGAGGUCUAGUGGAUUGAACUAUGCCGAAGGCGAAACCACAGAAACCGUGAUUUUGGGCGUUGGUCCGGCCAAGAUCCAAUUCGAAGGUGCUGAAAUGGGUGUAGCAGCUGAGGAUGGUGGCUGCAAGUGUGGGGAUAGCUGCACAUGUGACCCUUGCAACUGCAAAUGAAGUGCAUCAUAUGCCUCUUGAAGCAGAGAUAUAUUGGAACCAAUAUGUGUAAUUGUGUGUAUAUUAGUACACAUUUAAUAUAUAAGAAGCAUGUGUUUCCUUUUUUAGAAUAAUAUGAGGUGGUCAUGGAUCUAACCUUCAUCAAAUUCAAAUGUUCUUAGAUUUUGUUGAAGGUGUUAUGAGAGCUAUGAUCGCUUUGUGUUUGGUUGUCUUGUAUAAUGUAUAACUAAAGGCUAAUAUGAUCAUAAAUCUCUGCGUAUUAUAAAUGAAAUGUAUUAUUGUGUGUUGUUUGAAUAGAAUUUUUUUUAUUCAUCAA